CGUGAGUUUCCUGCUGAAGACGAAGCCUAGAUCAGCAGCAAAAGCCGACUCUCAAGCUGUUUCAGCAGCUGACCAACACACUUCCUUCAGCAGGUACGAAAGAAAAGCAGGCGACACACACGAGCAGCAGCAGCUACAUCAGCAGAUCAGGCAGACCGCAAAGAUCACGUUGCCUCUGCUUGUCAGGUGUGCUGACCGUCCGUCCAUAGGGCGCUGUGUGCGUCAUGAGUUGGAGCCGCAAGCCGCCCUCCCCCUCCGUCGAGCCGUCCCUGCCGCCCCUGCCGACCGGCGUCCAUCGGCCACAGGCGGGGAGGAGCAAACAAGAGAAGUCUCGCAGGGGGUCCCAGUCGAAUGUCAACAUAGCCCCGCCACCCUUCCAGAUGUGUGUCCAGGUGCCGCAGCUGGAGCCAUCGGCCGCCAGUGAGGACUGGAGCUUCAACCCCAGGCUGGUUCCGGCCAGCAAUGUGUCGGUGUCCAGCGGUGACAGCGGGCAGGAUGGCGGCAGCACCUCGGGUGGUCAGAGUGGUGUGGGGCGGGGCAGCAGAGGCAGGCACGGCAAGGGCAAGAGGGAGAUGGACCACCCAGCUGAGGACUACGACGCGCCACUCUACCCGCUGCCCAUCAUGCCUAUCGCCCCGCCUCUUCCCCCCACCGUCAGACGUGAUCAACUGCCUGACGAGACCCCUCCCCACACCGACACACCACUCGCCAGCCCUCUCAACGACACCCAGACUGCCGAGCAGACACGCACUCUCUGGAGAGGCGGGGAGAGCUUCUCUGGCCGAUCGUCGCUCGAGUCCGGGUCCAGACGGGCCAUGACGUCCGAGUCGAUCCUGGUGGAGAGCAGACGGGCGUCGGUGGAGCUGCCGGGCGCCAGCGGGGAGGCCGCACCCCUGACGCCCAUUGUGGUCGGUGGUCUGCCGAAUGAGAUGCUGACUCGCAUCGUGUGCGAGUACCUGGACGUGUGUGGCGUCGGGCGGAUGGGCGGUGUGUGUUGGAACAUGCGGCGGCUGAUGUACGCCCAGCGGUGGGUCAAGAAGUGUGUCUUGAAGGGCGGCGUCCUGCCCUCACAGAGAAAGAGGUAGGUGCAGUACACACGAGACAGACAGACAGACAGACCUUUCCCAUAUUCUUUUGCUUCUGUGCAUCCCUGAUGAAUGGAAUGUCUGCCUGCCUGUGUGUGUGUGCGCUGUGUGUCAGGUUCUGGUUGCUGUAUUGUGCGGACGUGCCAUCGCUACAGCGGCAGGUCGCCAAAGAGCUGCACAUGACCGACAUGCUCGGCUCACCUUCCAACACCAGUACCCAUCCCGCCCGCCCCACUCUCUCCAAGGGCCCUUCUCUGUUUGGCCUCGGGUCGCUCGUCAUGAACGGCGGCAGCAGCACGUCGCCCUCACGCGGCAGAGGGGGCGACGGGGGGUCGCUGGGAGACCAUUUGUAUGAGUAUUUGGCGGGCGUGCCGCUGGACGAUAGUCGCUCGGACGAGAUACGCAGAGAUGUCUCCAGGACAUUCCCGACGCACCCUAGGUCACACACGCAUACACACAAAGAGGCAGGCACACAAAUGGAAGUUUGUAUGCAUGUGGUCGCGUAUGUGUUUCAGGUUUCGUAGUCGCGACAGCGAGGGUCAGUUGUGGCUGUAUUCUGUGCUGCACGCGUUGGUGGCCCUCGACCCAACUGUGGGCUACUGCCAGGGAAUGAACUUUCUUGUCGCCGGUACACCACCACACACCCCACACACACCGCACACGCCGCACACAGCAACCACAGGAACGAUUCCCAUCCUCCCGUCUGACCGUCCCUGUGUGUGUGGUGUGUGCAUCAGGGCUGCUAAUUCACUUGGAGUGUCCCGUAUCUGCGUUUUGGAUGGCGCUGGCGGUGCUGCGCCACUUCGACUUUGCCCUCAUCUUCUCGCCAGGCGUGCCCCUCCUCUCAUGCAGGCUCUACCAGUUCUCAAACAUCGUCAGGUGCGCACACACACACACACAGACAGACAGACGGACCGGGUUGCGGGAUGAUUGGUGUCUUUGCUUGUGUGCUGUUCAGGAAUCACCUGCCCGAUCUGUGGCACCACCUGCACCGCAAUUCGCUCAAUGUCGACUUCUUCGCUCACCAGGUGCGCACACACGUCCCCUCGCACACAGACACGCAUGCUGGCACGGUGUCGUCAUUGUGUGUUUGGCCCGUUUCAUCGUUGGUUCAGUGGUUCAUGACGAUAUUUGCUUACUACCUUGAGCCGAGCAUAUUGGGUCUGGUGUGGGAUCUGUUCUUCGUGGCGGGGUGGAAGAUGCUCUUUAAAGUGGGCGUCACGCUGCUCGCCUCGCUGCGCCCGACACUCCUGGCACUUGAUGUGGAGGGCAUGCUCAGAAUCGUGCAGGUAUGUGUUUGUGUAUCGUAACACGGGAAUGUGUGUAUGGGUGUGUCUGUGUGUGUGUGUGUUGGCUUUUGUAUGUGUAGAGCUCGAAGCGUGCGGUGGAGAUGGAGGAGGGAGGGGCUUAUCGCCAGUUCCUGGCCAGCGUGGCCAGCUACAAGGUCACCAACGCGCAGCUGCGACACUACUGCAGGGAAUACCAAAUCGUCAAAUUCCUGGUCAGUCUCACACACACUCAGCCCCCCCUCCCCCCAAGACGUCCAUCCAUCCAUCCAUCCAUCCAUUCUGCGUGUUUUCCCCCUUCGUCCACAGAGUGUGAUCCAGUCGGUCCCCCUGCCCACCAACUCAUCCCGCACCGAGAACGACAAUUUUCCCGCCCCCAACUCCAAGGAGUCCUCCCAAGUGGACCCCACCACACUCAUGGAGGACCUCACACGCACCUGGACGGCCGGCAGCGGACCCCACGGCGGCGGGGAGCCCCUCCGCGGCGUGGUCGUCAGGGCCCACCAGAUCAUGUUCGUCGACAUGCGCACCACCGUCACCAGAGACGUCCCGCUGCAGGGGGUCAGCUACUCGAGGCGACUGCAGAUCCGCCGCGCACUGAUUGCGGGCAGAACGGGCGGCAAGAGCGGCGGUCUGGUGAGGCGGGGGAGCGCGCCCGUCCCCCUGUAUUACGAUGCCUGCACGUCGCCGACGAGCCACGGGGGGGCGGCAGUGGAGUUGCGUCGCGACUCGCUGAUAGCGUUUGUGCCGCCGCCCAUGCAAUGGCAGGAGGAGAAUGGCGAUGUGAGCGCCCCCAGCGGCCUGUUUCUGGUGACGCUGGUGGGCGGGAGUGAGAUGGGCCGGUACAAGGUGCUGCAGAUGGAGGGCAUGAUCAAACUCAAGCUCAUGAUACACCGAAUGGAGAGACAGGUACGCAUCAAGCCAGAGAGGGGAGGUUCGUUCUCGGGUGUGCUGAUGUGUGUGCAUUUAUGUUUUGCAGACGGCUCAGGACACCAAGUCGCUGAUGGACAAAAUCGCACACUCAGAGAAACAAUUCACUGCUGUGCAGAGGUACACGCAGACGCAUGAGAGAGCAGCCAUUACACACUGUGCAAUGGUGGGCCGAUCGUAUGGUGUGUAUCCGUGUGUGUGUUGCUCAGGGAUUACGAGCGGUGCAAGCAGCGUGCCAAAGACAUCGAGACGGCGUGGCUGGAGGCAAAGGAACAGAAACAGACACUCGUAAGCGCCACCACUAUUCGCGAUAAGCUUCUCCUGUCCAUUUCCCCACCUGUCCGCCUCUCUGUGUGUUCACACACAGUCGGCCACACUGAGGACCCUGGUUCAUUCGAGCUCCUCCAUCCCUCCCUCACACGCAGCGGCUAUUCCCGUCACCCCACCGGCCACAGGCCGCUCAGGGCCCCCAGUGGAUUUCCCCUUCCGGCCGCCUCUCUCGCCACUCACACCGCCAUCAUCUCUAUCGCGCCAACAGGCCAACUUCUCGGCGCCCCCAACGCCCAUGAACGACAACAAACUACAAGAUGACGGCGAUUCGGCUGACGGCAUUAGUGGUGGCCCGCUGCAGCGUGCCAUAGGCGGCCGGCCGCCCAAGAGUCCUGAGAAGCUGCUGGCGGCACGGCUGCCAUCGCCCCCGCCCUUCCAGACGCUCCCAAUGCCGGCGUUCGACCAGCACACGACGCAUGACCACGACGGCAAUGGCGAGUCCACCGUGCCCCACGCAUCAUCAGCCAUCUCGCUGCCUGUGGCCCGCCAGAACAGGGCGAUCAGCCCCGACCACUCGUCUGCCGGUGAGGACCAUCUGUCGUCCCCUGGAGGGACGGCAGCCCACCACGACGCUCCCUCGCCGUCUGUCAGUGUGACGGGCCGGCUGUCACUGGCGGAGCUGGCGAGGACGGGGGUGAGCCACAUCUCGAGGUCGCUGUCGAGCAAUCUCUUCAAGCCGGGCGGCAUGUGGGAUGUCAGCAGCCCGUCGGCGGCCGGGGGGGCCCGCGGGACCAGAGGCAGCAGUGGUGGGCAGAGGAAGGGCGACCAGGGCAUGAUCAUGCAGUGCCUUCAAAAGGUAACAACGGACAUCCGUUGCGUGUACACGUUGACACACACGUGUGUGUGUGUGUGUGUGUGUGCAGGUGAUUCAGGCUGAGAGGGCGUUCGAUAGCGUCAACAUGGAGAAGAAGGAGUCCCUUCGGCAGCUGCACGACACAGAGGAGACGCUCAGCGAACUCAAAGAAGUCAAAGAGAGGUAGGUCUGGCCCUCUGUCGAUUGCACACGAUGGAUGGAUGGAUGAGUGCCACUCAGACAGACUGUUCAUUCUACGUAUUGGUGUGAUGUGUGCAGAUACAUGCAGGCCAUGUAUGACCUCGUGUGCGCGCAGGUAUGUGUGCAUGCCACUCAACCACAAUCACCCGCACACGGUGGAUCAGAUCUGUGUCGCCGUGUGUGUGUGCGUGUGUGUGCAGGAGCAGCAGAAGCGUGACCUGGUGUGGGCGUACAUCCAGUCAGGCCAGUGGACACACGCCAUCCCACCUACAUACCUGGCCGACCUCAACAUCGCCCACCACCUCGCCAUCAGUGCCACACCGAACAAGGGAGGCCGGAGGGGCUCUCACAAGCUGCCGCCCCUCGCACCACAAUUAGCCAAUACAUGAAUCGAUGAGCAAAUCAGUGGUGCCUCAUGGCAUUGUGUAGAGAGGCACAGACAGCCGGGUGACAGAGUCUGACCGACUCGGAGAAGGCCCUCUGGGAGGAUGAGUAGAUGAGCAUCGCGCAACGUGGCUGGUACCAGUUCGCUGCCACAGUGUGGAUUCGAGUUCUGGCCGAAUCCUGGCCUGUGGGCGAUGGGGGCCCC